AUGGCAACGGAAGAUGAACUUAUUCAAGUACGCCAAGAACUAGCACUUGUUCGUUUAUCAUACGAGCAACAACUACACCAAUCACAAACGCGGUGUCGGGAGUUUCAAGUAAUCAAUGAAAGCCAAAAGCAACGGUUAAAUGAGUACCAACAACUUGCCGAGCGAUGUGAACAAGAAAAACAAAAAGCUCUUAAUGACUGUAAAACUGCGAAUGAGGAGGCUGAUAAUAUCCGUUUUGAGAUAGCACGAAUGGAAAUGGCGUUACAAGAAGAAAAAGCAAGUAGACUUGCUCUAAUCACAAACAAAGAUCAAGAACUGAAUCAAACAAAAGAGGCAUAUGAGCAAGUGGCAGUUUUACGAUCACAAUAUCAACAACAAAUUUUUGAUCUUCAAAAUGAACUACAAUCAUCUCGUAGAGUUAUUUCUAAUAAAGUAACGAUUGCAGAUAUGGAAAAUGAGUCACUCAAAAAUCGAAUAUCUUCAAUGGAGAAAGAUUUGAUGCAUUGGCAAGCUUUGACAAGAAACACAACAGAGAGUAAGAAUAAAGAAAUCGAUAAUCUCAAUGGAACUGUUGAAAAACUAGCGAUGGAGCACGAUACGGCUCGACAGCAAGCGAAUCAAUUCCAGCUUGCUUACAAAGAACAGCUUGUUGUAAAUCAAAGAUUAAAUAUAGAAAAAGAAGAUAAGGAAAGAUUUCACAAGGAAGUAAUAGAUAAAGUCAUGGCUGAAGGGCAAUCUUUAAAGAGAUUGAAUGAAAUAUAUGAAAAACGCCAACAAGAAGAUAAAGAGGCAAUUAAUCGGGCACAAAGAGAGAUUGCUGAUCUGCAGUAUUCUUUAUCGGAUGCAAAUAAUAAACUCUCUCAGUCUGAGUCAGAAAUAGAAAAACUGAAUGAGGAUAUUCGGCGGUUAGAGGAUGAAAAUAAACAUUUGAGCCAAAUAUCAUCUGUGUCAUCAGUUUCUCCGGGAAGUGCCGUUAGCAUGGCAUUGCAAUCCAAGGGAAAAUCUAUAGUACAGAUGUAUUCGGAGUACUCUAAACUUCAAGAGCAAUUAUUACAGGAGAGAAGAAGGAAUCGUGAGCUAACUGAAGCACUAACAACUUUCAAUAAAGAACUCGAAAAUUAUCCAACCUUUUUAUUGAUGCUAUUAAAAUAUACUUAUCCAAAAUUUGCGCUUGAAAAGACCCCGCUUCUUCAUCAAAGAACGGUGGAGUAUAAUCAAAUGGUUGCGGAAAAUCAAGCCAUUUCAGAGCAAUUAAGAACGUGCCAUGAAGAGAUUCAACAACUUCAACAAUCGGUAACCAAUUUACAAUCUGAAAAUGUACAGAUAACAGACCGUAAUAAUCAACUGCAGAACGAAAAAGAAGAAUACAUAAAACAUAAUUCGAUAUUAAUACGUCAAGUGGAUGAAUUUCGAGGAGGCACUCCAAGUUCACCUAAGAUGGAUAUUGAUGAAGAUAAUAAACCAUACGACGUUGAUAGUCUUUAUAGACUAAGCUUCAACUUAAAAGCCGAGAAAAAGAGUUUAAUGAAAAAGAUCUCAACACUUGAAAAUCAAAUCAAAGUGUUACAAGAUCAGAUCACACUAAAAGACUCGGAAAAUCAAUCAGCAGUACAAGAAAUUUCUCGUCUUCAAAUGCGACAGCGACAAUUAUGUUCGCAAAUUGAGUCGCUUGAACGAGAGCGUGGAUUACAUCAAGAACUGACGUUACGAGGAAGUGUUAGCAGUAUCAGUAGUAUCCAAGAUGGAAACACUUCUAUAAGAUCGAUUCCGGCAACUCUUAGUACCCGUGGACGUGAUUACGAAGCAGAAAUAGCCGAUCUUAAGACUCGACUUGAAAUUUCACUGCAAGAAAUGAAAACUCUUGAUGAAAGUCUUCAAAAAGCGAAUCAAGAAUUGUCAACGCUUCAUCAUGAGCAACUUCAAUACAAGUAUGAUCGACAAAGUUGGGAAGAGCGGUACAAGGUUAUUCAAGGACAUUUAAGUAUAAAGGAAGAAGAGUGUCAAAAUACUAAAUCAGUUUUAAGGCAAAUCCAAAAAUUGAAUGAACAGAUGGAAAAGCAAAUGACUAAAGCUAUUGACGAAAACUCUCUUCUGAAUGUCGAAGUUACAAAUUUGAAGAAUGAUCUUAGUAGUCAACAAAUUAAGUGGGAGGAAUCACAAAAGCGAUUCAACAAAGAAAUGGAUGAUCUUAUAGCUUCAAAGGGUGAUGCUGAAAAUUUGGCACGAAAUGUCCAGAACCUUUCGGAAGAGAAAGAGCGCAUAGAAAGUGAAUUCAAAGUGACGCAAGAAAAAUUAUUAGCUGCUCAGGCAAAAUGUGACAAUUUGCAAGAACAACUCGUCUCUAUGAGUGAAAAAUAUUCCAAUGCCUUAAAAAAGUCAACUGAAGAGCAUAGUAAAUUCGUUGAAUCAAAUAAAGCAUUGCAAAAUAAGAUUACAGAACUUGAAGGGGAAAUUCGAAAUCGUGUGACGGAAACUGAAACACUUACGAAAGAAAUUCAGGAGCUGAAAAACCAGCUCUCCGUUUUCCAAGCAAGCGAUCAAGGCAUCGAAAUUGUCAAAAUAAAAACUGAAUUAGAAACUAAGGAAAAGGAACUCGUUAAUAUACGUGAUGAGUCUCGAACAUAUAAAGACUUAUACGAAAAAUAUCAAACUGAAUUAAAAAACUACGAACAAAGGCACAACGAAUUGAAAUCUACUACUGAUGAAGAACGGGAGGCAAAUCUAGCUUCGAUAAAAAAACUUCAAGAUGAGCUCUACCCGGUAAAGGAAGAACUCGAUCAAAAGAUUGACGAACUGCGUAGCAAAGACCAAGAGCUUACAAUAGCUCGUAAUGAAGUAAUAAAACUAGAACAGAUGAUAAAUGAAAUUCGUGAUAAUUCUAACAAUGAAAAGCAUCAGCUCCGUGAAGAAAUGACGAAACAGGAAAAAUUAUUAGAAGAAGCACAAAAUAAAUAUAAUCGUGAAGUGCUUGUUCACGCUGAGGAUGCCCAGUCUAUACUCGCUCUAAACUCAAGACAUGCACAAUUGAAAUCUGAAUUUGACCAACUUAAGAUACAAUUACAAAGGUCAGAAGAAAUUUGGAAUAGUGAAAAGGAUAAACUCGAAAAAGAAUUGGAAAAGACACUUGAACGAUGUAAAGAACUUGAAGAAAGUAAUAAAACCCUUCACGACUACUUUGAUACCGAUGCUGGAAAGACGAUUUCCCAAGAUCAAAUAAUUUCACUUUUGCGUAUGGAAAAAGAAAAGGCAGAAACUCAAAGAGAAGCAUUCGCACAACAAGCCGAAAGAUAUAGGGCUCAAUAUGAACAUACUCAAAAGUCAUUGGAUGAAGUGCGCGCAUUGCUUAUCCAGGAACGUGAGCAAGCAGAAAAGACAGGUCCUUUGGAGAAACUGCAAACAGAACUUUCAGAAAAAAAUAUUCAAUUAAAACUCCUUGAGGAAAGUAAUCAGACAUUGAGAGCUGCAAGUGAACGACUAGAAAAACAAGUUACCACGUCGGAAUCUUCGUUGAAAGAAGCAGAGGAAAAAGUGCAAGCACUAGAUGUACAAAUCAAAAGUCUACAACUCGACCGAGAUAGUUCCGCUCAAGAAACGAAGAUACUCAAAGAAGACAAUGAACGAUGGAAAAACCGAUUCCACACCGUUUUGCAGAAAUAUGGAAUCAGUGAUCCUACCGAAUUGCAACAUUUGAAAGAUAAUUUGAAGUCCACCACGGAAGAUCGUGAUAAACUUAAAGCUGAAAAUGGUAAAUUGCGGAACGAUUUUACUUUAGCAAGGAAACAGGCAGUAAAAAUCAAAAAUAAGCUUGAUCAAACGGAGAAAGAAAAAUCUGCUAUAACACAAGAUAAGGCAAACUUGGAAAAAGAUAAAGCGACACUUACUCAAGAGCUUACAAAAGAAAAAACUAACCACGAUAAUCUGCGGAAAAGAGUGAGUAACAUGCAAAGUCGCUUUAAAAAUUUAGCUCAAGCCGAACAAACGAAGAAAGAACUAGAGGAAUUGAAGCAAAAACAUCAAGAUGUUUCUAAAGAAUUAGAGGAAUUGAAGCAAAAACAUCAAGAUGCUUCUAAAGAAUUAGAGGAGUUGAAACAACAGUCUACAAAACAAAUCGAAGGGUUAAAGAAAGAGUUACAAGAUGAGAAAGAGAAAACUUCAGAUUAUCUUCGGUACAAGGCACAAGAAUCGAUGUUCUCUAGUAAAAUUAAAAAGUUGGAGGCAGAAAAGGCAGAGUUAAAAAAUCAGAUAAACCAGUUUCAACAACAACAAACAACAUCCCAACAAAAUAUUCCAAAAUCAGACACUGUACCGAAUACAACGGAAAUAACGUCAUCUACGCCUCCUUCCGCUCUGCCUCCCCCAACUUUGCCUCCUCCCACUUUAACGCUUCCCGCCUUACCACCUUCCACUGUACCACCUUCCACUUUGCCUCAAGUAAACAUAACGAAACCCCCUACUGCUUCACAACCAACAUCAACAGCCUUAACGAUUAUUCCGCCUUCAAUAGACGUUUCUGCAAAUGCUAUUGAGACCAAGGAGCUUCCUCAGUCAUCUAAUAACGCAGACGCUAAUGAUGGAACGAUAGGUGCCGCUACGUCACCAACUUUAAAACAAGUUGCUGUAAUUAUUCCUUCUGUACCUGCUGUUACACUGAAUGUGCCAAAAGAGAAGCCACCAGUAAAAUUACAAAGAAAUCGCGUUCCACUAACUGUAUCGCAAUCACCGAAGAUAACUCCAGUUCAAGUUGUUGUAUCGACACCACCACCAAUAGAGGAACAGCAACCAGUUGCACGUACAUUAGCUACUUCUGAAUCUCAUUCCAGUGAAACGAGUGCUGUCGAAUCAUCCGAACCAGUAAUUGUAAUACAGCCAGCUUCUACAGAGGUUACUAAUAGUUCUCAUGAAAUAAUUGGACGUAAGCGUUCUAGAGACGAUUCUGAAGAUACAUCAACCGGAAAUGAAGUAACUGAAAUGCAAGAUGUCCAGACAUCUGAUAAUUCUAAUACUAAUGUUGAGGUUGUACCACAAUCCCCUGUUAAUAAAAACAUUGAAGAAGUGACGGAUAUAUCGGAAUCAGUAGAAAAUAAUAACCAAGUUGAUACUAAUGAAUCAGUAGAACAACAACCAUCUCCUAAAAGAGUUAAAGUGGAAGAUAGUAGUUCAGAUGCUUGA